UAGAUAUUUACUAGUUCCGCUGUGUUCAAGCGCCCGGAAGUUGAUCCACUAUAAAUAUGCGAUAACGCCGUUCCUUAUGCUCAAUUCUCUCGUCCAAUGUCAAAGUCAGGUUCUAUCAUCAUAGCCGAGGACGAGCUGUACGAGCCCGAUGUCGACACUGGUCUGGUCGACGAGAGUCGACUACUUCGUAAGAUCGAUAUGCGAGUCGUACCUUGGUUGGGUCUCCUCUAUUUUCUCAACUUUUUGGAUCGGGGAAGUAUAGGAAAUGCGAAGUUAUACAACAUGGAGACCGACUUGGGCAUCACAGACAGGCAAUACCUCAUCGCACUUACUGCCUUCUUCUUUCCAUACGCAUUGCUCGAACCUGCGAGCAAUGUAAUCCUCAGAAAGGUUCGACCCUCGAUGUGGCUUUCUUCCAUGAUGUUCGCCUGGGGGAUUGUCAUGAUGUGCCACGGGUUUCUGCAGAACUACGGAGGGCUCGUCACCUUGCGAGUACUGCUUGGAGUGGCGGAGGCUGGUUUAUACCCCGGGAUUGUAUUUUAUAUCUCCUGCUGGUACAAGCGGUCCGAACUUGGCACACGGGUAGCUGCAUUCUUUACUUCUGCAACUAUAGCAGGCGCAUUCAGCGGUCUCCUGGCCGCAGGUAUAUCCCAUAUGGAUGGUGUCGCAGGAAAGCCUGGCUGGUCCUGGAUCUUCAUACUCGAAGGACUCGCCACCGUAGUGUGUGCGUUGGCUUCAUAUUGGAUCAUCUCGAAUUUCCCAGAGACAGCCGGGUUUCUGACCAAAGAAGAGAGGGUUUUCGUCAUUAGACGUCUGAGGGACGACAUGCAGUUUAGCGCUGGCGGCGAGGAAUUCAAAGCCCAGUAUAUCUGGCAAAGCCUCAAGGACUGGAAAACCUACUUGGCUAUGGGCAUAUAUAUGGGAUUCGAUGGACCAUUAUUCGCAUUUUCCUUAUUCACCCCAACGAUCAUUAACGAGCUUGGUUACAAAGCGACAACAGCGAAUCUACUUUCAGUGCCCGUAUACGUCUGGUCAUGCAUAGUAACUGUGAUCGUCGGUUUCAUGGGUGACCGCCUCGGGAACAGGGGAUACAUUAAUCUGAUUCUAUUCGGAACGGGUCUGGUCGGUUAUAUCAUACUCAUCACAUCCAGAACUCCAGCACUUUCUUAUUUCGCAUGCUUCCUAGCCGCAUCCGCUAUAUAUCCUACAGUCCCGAAUUCGGUAGCAUGGGUGGCAAGCAAUGUCGAGGGCUCCUAUAAACGAGGUGUCACACUAGCCAUGGCCAUCGGGUGGGGAAAUUUGAAUGGAGCUGUUUCCUCGAAUGUUUAUCGUGCCCAGGAUGCACCUUGGUACAGGCUCGGUCAUGGUAUCAUCCUAGCCUACAUUGCGAUCGGCUGGUUAUCAUCAGCCGCAUUCAUGUUCCUGUUGCGCAGGGAGAACGAGCGAAGGGACAGAGGAGAGCGCGAUGAGGUAAUCGACAGUGACAACUCUGCGGAGGAAAUGAACGAGAUGGCCUUGAAGAAUGGGCGAUUUGAGACAGUCAACGAUGCACGACGUGCGAAGGGUGAUGAGUGGAGUCAAUUCCGAUAUACCCUUUAGAUACUGUUUAGUAUGCAUCGAGAACGGUAAGUAGAAGGGUAACACGAGCGUCACAGUAAUUAAAGAUACAAGACAUAUAUGUGGUCGCGUCCAAUGCCUCGUCGUGGAACAAAACCCAGUAUAUCAAUGCAAGAGAAGAAAGGAGCUACUACCACUUGUAGUCUUCUAUUUUCGUGGACGUGGCGACAGGUGCAGGUGCGGGAUCUACAGGACUUUGAGCGGCUUCCUCAAUCGGCGCUGGAGCGCUGCGCUCAUGACCGCGGUUGUCAUCUAGCCACUUGUCCAUAUCAUCGGAUUUAUUGGCGAAUGGGCGUUUACCCAGAAGAAUGGAUGCCGUAUAACAUACCGCGUAAUGACCUCCUUCUUGAGUAAAAGCUGGGCUACCUUCUCCACGCUCUCCCGGUGGAGCGUCAGAAGCUCAGUGGUUCGUUGAUGUGCUCCACUGAAACAG